AGGGCCCAUACUCGCAGCUUGUCAAUUUCAACAUUUGGUCACGUGACCAGCGCCUCCCUGCUAAGGAUGGGGAUAGAUUUCCACGUCAGCUUUACGUCUCCAAAUUUCUUACUUCACGGAUCUGCUUCAAAGAGGCAGCUGCAUUAGAGAAUCAUGUUAAGCUCGGCUAAUGCGGAGAGCCCGAGGUAGCCUAAUGAUGGAUUUUGAUGAGCGUGUCCCUUGCUCGUCAAAUAUGUAUUUGCCAAGUUGCACGUACUACGUGUCGGGUCCUGAUUUCUCCAGCCUCCCUUCUUUCCUGCCCCAGACCCCGUCUUCUCGCCCCAUGACAUACUCCUACUCCUCCAACCUACCCCAGGUCCAACCCGUGCGGGAAGUCACCUUCCGUGAGUAUGCCAUUGAUCCGGCUAGUAAAUGGCACCACAGGAACAACCUCCCGCAUUGCUACUCGGCCGAGGAGAUCAUGCACAGAGACUGCCUGCCCGCCGCCGCCAACACGGCCGCCGCCGCCGCCGCUGCAGCCAGCAUGAGCGAGAUGUUCGGGAAAAACACCGCCGCCGUCUACCACGGCCACCACCCGGCUACCACAGCCACCGCCGCCGCCAGCGUCUCGUCCAAUUUCUAUAGCACCGUGGGCAGGAACGGGGUGCUCCCGCAGGCUUUCGACCAGUUCUUCGAGACGGCUUAUGGCACGGCCGACAGCCACUCGGACUAUGCAGGCGAGAAGAACGGAGAGAAGAUGCCCCCGGGAGGGGGAGCCGCUCCCGGGCCGGCCGCCGCCGCUGCCGUCGGCGCAACGUCAAGUUCGGACGGGAGCUGCGCCAGGGACGCGGCAUCUGCGGCGGCGGCAGCGGCUGCAGCCAGCGCCGCGGCCUCGGCUGCGGAGGAGAAGGAGCGGCGGCGGCGGACAGAGAGCAGCAGCAGCCCAGCUUCGUCUUCCGGCAACAAUGAGGAGAAAUCCAGCAGCUCCAGUGGACAACGCACCCGUAAAAAGAGAUGCCCAUACACCAAAUAUCAGAUUAGAGAAUUAGAGAGGGAAUUCUUCUUCAGUGUCUAUAUAAACAAAGAGAAACGCCUCCAGCUCUCCCGAAUGCUCAACUUGACCGACCGUCAAGUAAAAAUAUGGUUUCAAAACAGAAGAAUGAAAGAGAAAAAAAUUAACAGGGACCGAUUACAAUAUUACUCAGCUAAUCCACUACUUUAAAAAACUCGUAGCGUUUUUCAAGAUGAGAUUAAAUUCAGAUCUCGCCCAUGACAAGGUCAAGCCACAGGGUUACCUAUGAGAAGGAGGUGUGCAAAGUGACGGAGGACGCUGGGAAAAAACACCACACUAAUUUUUUUUCCGUCCCCAUAAAAAUGCAAACCAACUAAGGUUUGCCCCUACUUUUCCCUCCCCCCCUAAAAAAGUUCUUCUUAAAGCUCUUGACAUAUCAACUGGAAACGGUUUACACCCUGGACCCGCAUUUUCAAACAUGCCACCCCCUUAUUUUUCUCUGAGGGCAAUUUUAUACCUCUUACCUAUAGACACAGCAACUCAUCCCAAUGUGGGUUCACACGUGAAAAAGCGGGGAGUGAGUUAUUGGAUUCGUGUCGGUCUAAAACUAUGUUACUUUGGUUUUACUGUGGAACAUUGCUUGAAAGGCUACCCAUGGCUGCACCGGAGCCUGAUGAACUACUGCAAAAGAAAACCUACAGGAGCCCCCCACAAUCUCUAAAUGCACAGCCGCCGUCCCACCACCUUCCCCUCCUCGGCCCUUAAAAUGACAAACCUUCCGCAAGAGCGGUUACCCUCUUGACCAAGUUCAAAAAAUUAAACCAGUUGCAAAGCCAAUCAUAAAUGUUUGUAGAGGUGUAGUAGUGUUGAGUCUAACCGUGCUGUUGAUAGGGAGUUAUGGCGUGGAAGGUUUGACAGUCUCCUUUUGAAACCAUUUCAGGUAUUAAUUUGCCAUAUAUGGUAAGGAAACAAUCACUGAACAAUCAAACACAUAGCCACGUGCAUUAGCUCUCGUUUUAAAAAAACACAACAAAAACUGAACAACAACUGUCGAAAAGUGGCCAUCCCUUUGGAGACAAAUCAUUAUGUUCUUAUUUAAAUGCUUAUUUUUUUUUAACCAAACAAAUAAAUAAAAGUGCACGGUGGGGUGGAAAGAGAGGGAGAAAGAAAGACUAAUCGAAUAGCUCCAAAGGGGGAAACAGUAAAAGGAAGGAAGCUUCUGGCUUCUGUCUCACAAACUUUCUUCAGGAAAUACCUGUGGAGAAGGACAGUUUGGCAAAUACCACACAACACUUAAUUGGACCCUGGAUGUGUGCAAUGCACUGAGAUCAGAUCAUUAAAAUAACUAGCGUUUUCUUUCCCUUAGAAGCCCAAGCAGAAGGCAAACAAUGUAAAUAUGGUGGAUUGGUUUUCAGAUCUUUUUGUUCACUAUUAAGUGUCGAAAGCCCUACUUAAUCGCUCAGGCGGCAGAAUCAAAGAACGGAGAGUUCCCUGGAGUUAUUUUAAAUAUAUAUAAAAGAAGUAUAUUUCCCUGCAGGAACCAAAGCGAGAGUGAGAAAUAGAGAGAGAGAGAGAGAGAGAACAACGAAUUUUAAAUGAAAGAACUAUUUAAAAGUCUAUAUCAGUUUACAAAGGAUAUUGUGUUUUAUUGUAAAAGUCGCUUGCUGUCGAGAAUAUCUGAAUGUAUAUUUCAUACGAGAAUGGUGUUUUACAAGACUUGUACAUUUUUUAAUGAUCCGUUUUGGUUGGUAUAUGUUUUUUUACGGUCCUUUUCCUUGGAAAAUGUCGAGUUUGUCCUUUAAAAAAAAAUCUGUGCAAGAAAGAUAAGCUGACUAGAAUGUUGUAAAAAUCACCAGCUUCGAAAAGGGACACGAUUUCUUUUACACGGUUCACAAAACGCAAUACCUUUAUAUUCCAACACUGUUUGAAAAUAUGUAUCGUCAUAUAUGUAAAUACUGUUUCUUUUACUAUGCGAAGGUCUUUCGUGGCAUGUAUACAGUGGUACGGCGCACAACAAAAAUAAACAUGUGGGAAAUUUAUAAUAAUAAUAUUUUUUAAUCCCUGUGUUGUAUUCAUGGAUAUUCCUUGAUCUGGGCUCUGAGAGUUUGAAUCAUGGCUACUGAAUGGGAUGCUUUCAUUGAAAUUCCAUUCACCUAUUGCUUCUGGUCCUUCAGGAUAAGGCAGUGCAACAUGUCUGGUAUUUAUGAAUGCGUAGGCUGGCAGACUGCAGCGAGCUUGAGGCCAGGUUUCACCGGUUUGUAGAAGUGGGGGUGGGAGGAUCACUCCUUCCAGUAACUGCAGAUUACAGACUUCAUACAUUUGCUCACAGGUGUAAAACCUAUUAGAAAAGCUGGUGAUUAUUUCUGGGUUCGUCCGGUCUUGUUUAUCUCGGGCGCCAUAUUUCUGAACACACUCCUUUAAGUGCCAAGAAAUGUUUGUGGCAGGAUCUGAUCCCCAAAACGGCAAUGAUAGCGAGGCAGGAUGAAGCAUAUUGGUUGAAACGUGUUGGUGCCUCUGUGGUGAUUCCUAGGGAAAGAGGAUGAAGGGGCAUUCCUCGUGCAAGUGAGGCCCAGAUGGGCUGUGUGUGGUUUUCGUUCUUAAUCUCUCGAGCGGGGGGGGGAUUUAAAAAAAUUAAAAAACGCCACCGAAGACCUUUUUGAGGAUGUGGCAUGAGGUUGAUUUUCCUCUCUUACACUUAAUCAGGAGAGAAAGUACAUACUGUUUUUCCCUAUUGUUUAUUGGCUUUGAACUUCUGUAUUGCUUUGGACAUCACCCAUAACCUUGAGGUGAAGGGCUAACUGGCUCUGGGCUUUUGCUGACAACCCCCACCUAAGCCAGACAGCGUCUGGUCAAAGGAAAUGUACAAAGAUGAAGCGCGGGGGGAGAGGACAGAGAGAGAAUGGAGCUCACUUGCUUGUUUGUUUAUUUGGCUAGCAUGCUACAAAGGAAUGCAACUCUUAAAAGGGAGAGAUAAAAAGAUAGAUGGAGAGAAGAGAAAGAGAGGGAGAAGACAGGGAGAGGACUAGGCGGGUGGCAAUAAAUGUUCAGGCAGCAACUUCCUUCGCUAGUUAAAAAUUAACUGGUUAUUCAUCUCUAGGUUGAGUCAUGGAGUUUCUCUAGUUUUGUGGAGAGGCUGCUGGUGAUUUCCUGGCCUAGUUAAAAAAAGGUGGGGGGGGGACAUCCCAUAUGUGUUGCCGGGACAAUACAGCUAUAAAAGUGCCCUCGACUCCCCCCCCUUCUAUUUGCAUACUGGGAAAGCUGGGCUAUAAACGAGGCGGAGGUUAGUUUCAGCCAUCUCUGAGCUUUGGAGGGUAGAUCUGCGGAGGGCAAUUGUCUGCGCUAGCUAGCGGCUAGCAUCCGUUUAACGCGGGGCAUUUGGAAACCGGCUGGCAGGUCAGCACUGCGGAGGAACGCUGUUGCCACAAGAUGGCGAUCUUCAGAUCAAUGUCAAAGCCGCAGUGGGAGAAGAGGGGGAGAGGAAGGGGGGGUUGAAAUCUUGGCCUUUGUUCCCCUUGCGUUCUAGGAGCUGCACAUUAUAUUAUUUCACUUUCCACGCUCAGAUUUGUAAAGGUAAGGUGAAGCCGAUUGCUCACUCCUUCACGGAGAAGCCAGGAGUUUCUCUCUCACACACACUCUCAAGGCUGACUACUCCGGACUUCCAGCGCUUCCAUAGGCUGAUAGGGAUAAGCAAGGCAACGACGGCGCGUUCUCGGAAAACAAUGGCGAGAGCGAGGCGAACGGAGACAAG